AUGACCACUGAACUAUCUAUGAGCACUGAACUAUCCAUGACCACUGGAUUACCCUUAAGCACUUAUAUCACUGAUAUGACGACAAAGCUACCAUCACAAACAACUUUUACUACUAUGGGUCCUCCGAAAUAUAUUCCUGUAUCGCAAUCUCGGCUUCCAACUGUUGCGGAGCCGAUCGACUAUAAUUUAACGAUGAAAGUAUUCUUGCCUGGUUAUGGUUACGUUGCUGAUGAAAGAAAUGAAACAUUCGAAGGGGAAAUCGAUAUUCGAAUGAAAAUCUUGAAGGAAGUCAACCAAUUGAAGUUGAACGCAUUAGAUCUGACUUUCACUAAUUCGAAAUGCGCUCUAACAACGAUGGGAAAGACAAUAGCGAUUGAGUCAAUAAUUGUGAAUUCGACGUUAGAAAUAAUAGAAAUCAAUCUCAAAAAUAGUUUAAACGAAGGAACUGAAGCAGUUCUAAAGCUGGUUUUUGAAGGACACCUUUCAUACAAAAAAAAGGGAUUCUUUUUCGAUAAAUAUACGGAUUCAGCCGGAAAGGAAAAAUAUAAUGCUGUUACACAAUUCGAACCGAGCUAUGCAAGAAGAAUGGUCCCUUGUUUCGAUGAGCCCGCGUUCAAAGCAAAUUGGACAGUUACCGUGAUUCACCCCAAAGGAACUGUAGCAUUGUCAAACGGAAUUGAAGAAAAAACAACUAAAAUUGAUAAGAAUUUCUUGAGGACAAAUUUCAAAACGACCCCUAAAAUGUCGUCGUACUUGUUGGCAAUUUUCAUUUCGGAUUUUAAAUUUGUCGAAGGAAAAACAAAUAGAGGAAUUGUUCUUCGUGUUUGGGCCCGAGGAGAAAAGAUAAAAGAAGCAGAAUACGCGUUAAAAAGCGGUAUCAAGUGCCUGGAAGCUUUCGAGAACUACUUUAAAAUCCCGUACGCACUACCGAAACUAGAUUUGGUAGCAUCAGUAAAUUUCAAUUCUGGAGCCAUGGAAAAUUGGGGAUUAAAUAUUUACAUAGAAGAACUUUUAUUGUAUCAUCCAGAUGUUCAUCAAUUAACAAGAAAAUCUGAAGUGGCGAUUGUCGUCGCCCAUGAGCUUGCUCAUCAAUGGUUCGGAAACUUGGUGACUUUGAAAUGGUGGGAGUACGUGUGGUUGAAUGAAGGAUUUGCCACGUAUAUCCAAGUUAUUGGCAGCGAUAUAAUCAAUGAUGGAAAAUUGAGAGAGAAAGAUCAGUAUUUUAUUAAUACGAUGGGUAUUGCUCUUGAAGUUGACAGUUCUAACAUUGCUCAUCCUCUUACAUUCAAAUACGAUGAUCCAAGCUAUGUAGCGACUUCAUUUGGAGCAAUUUCGUAUAAAAAGGGUGCUUGUUUUAUUCGAAUGCUGCGAAAAUUGAUAGGAGAGAAAGAUUUCGAUAAAGGGAUUCAGGAUUACUUGAAAAAAUUCCAGUACAGUAACGCAGAACCGAUGGAUUUGUUUAGAAUAUUAGAAGAAAAUUCGUGGGAUCCAAAACUAAAUAUCACCUAUUUUGCAUUGCAAUGGACCACUCAAAAUGGAUUUCCGGUUUUGAAUGUGAAAAGAGUAAAUGAGACACAUGUGACAAUUGAUCAAACACGAUUCAAAAUGAAUAAAAAUAUAACAGAUCAACCCCAAUAUAGUAAUCCAAGAUUUGGAUUCAAAUGGGAUGUACCAAUUUGGUACCAAGGAGGUGAAAGUAAGGAAAUCAGGUUCGACUGGCUUUCGAGAGAUGAACCACUGAUAUGGCCGAUUAGGACUCAUGUAGUUUUGAACUCCGAUUCCUUUGGUUAUUACCGCGUAAAUUACGAGGAAGGAGAAUUCGUGAAAAUUGUAAACCAGCUACUCAAAAAUCACGAGAUUUAUUCGGUGAUAACCCGCUUUCGAUUGAUUGACGACGCAUUUGCAACUGCUGCGGCAGAAAUAUCAAAUUACACUAAUCCUAUAAGACUGCUUGAAUACUUGAAAAAUGAAAAGGAAUAUCUACCCUGGAUUUCAGCUAAUAGCUAUAUGAUAAAGUUGCUGAAAAAUUUCGAAAUUGAUCUAGAAAUGACACCAAUAAGAACGGUUUUAUUGAAGUUGAUCAGUAUGUCGCCACUGAAAAUAAGCGAUGAUUUUAUUUUCGGACAUUAUUUGGAUGAUGCGAAUUAUUUAACGACUGUUCCAUAUCCACUUCGUGAAAUCGUCUAUUGUCAUGGAAUUGAACUUGGGGACGAUCACAAGAAUGCGGAGAAGGUAUCGCUUGGUGAACCACGAAAAACUGGGACUUGCGAGCUUGGCCGCAUUGAAGCUGCUACCGUAUUGAUUCUCGGAAUCUCUCGGCAAGUGAUCUCAUCACCACGCGUGUGGCUUCCACGCUCGCGGAUUGGUGAUAUUUCAAUUGGGAUCCCUUGA